AUGGCCUCGGAAGUGGUGUGUGGGCUCAUUUUCAGGUUGCUGCUCCCCAUCUGCCUGACAGUAGCAUGUGCAUUCCGGUACAAUGGACUCUCCUUCGUCUACCUCAUCUACCUCUUACUCAUCCCUCUGUUCUCAGAGCCAACAAGAGCAACGAUGCAAGGACACACAGGACGGUUAUUAAAGUCUCUAUGCUUCACCAGUCUUUCCUUCCUGUUACUGCACAUCAUUUUUCACAUCACAUUGGCUAGCCUUGAAGCUCAACACCGUAUCGAACCUGGUUACAACUGCUCAACGUGGGAAAAGACAUUUCGGCAGAUUGGCUUUGAAAGCUUAAAGGGAGCUGAUGCUGGCAAUGGGAUCAGGGUGUUUGUACCUGACAUUGGGAUGUUCAUUGCUAGUUUGACCAUCUGGCUCAUCUGUAGAAACAUCGUUCAGAAACCAAUGACAGAAGAAGCAGCACAGUAUAACCUGGAGUUUGAAAAUGAAGAAUUGGCUGGAGGAGGAAAAAUAGAUUCAGAAGAGGCACUGAUCUAUGAAGAGGAUUUAGGCGAAGGACAUGGUGUUGAAGGCGAGAUGGAAGAAAGCACAAAAUUAAAAAUCUUCCGCAGGCUUGCCUUUGUGGCUUCCAAGCUCAAAGAGUUUAUUGGCAACAUGAUAACCACAGCUGGAAAAGUUGUUGUGACGAUUUUACUCGGCUCAUCAGGUAUGAUGCUGCCAUCUUUGACCUCAUCUGUCUACUUUUUUGUGUUUUUGGGUCUGUGCACCUGGUGGUCCUGGUGCCGGACAUUCGACCCAUUACUGUUCAGCUGUCUCUGUGUUCUCCUGGCUAUCUUCACUGCGGGACACUUGAUUGGACUUUAUUUAUACCAGUUUCAGUUCUUUCAAGAAGCAGUUCCACCCAACGACUACUAUGCAAGGUUGUUUGGUAUCAAAUCAGUAAUUCAAACAGACUGUUCCAGCACGUGGAAGAUCGUGGCAAACCCAGAGCUGUCGUGGCACCACCAUGCCAACCCCAUUCUCCUGCUAGUGAUGUACUACACCCUGGCAACUCUGAUCCGCAUCUGGCUACAGGAACCUCUCGUGCAGGAUGAGAGGAACAAGGAAGAGGACAGAGCCCUGGCUUGUAGCCCCAUCCAAAUAACAGCUGAGAGGAGGCGGAGCCUGUGGUAUGCAACCCAUUACCCAACCGACGAGAGAAAACUUUUAUCCAUGACCCAAGAUGACUACAAACCAUCUGAUGGUCUCCUGGUGACUGUGAAUGGAAAUCCUGUGGACUACCACACCAUCCACCCCAGCCUUCCCAUAGAGAAUGGCCCCGCCAAAGCUGAGCUGUACUCCACCCCGCGGUACCGGUGGGAGCCCUCCGGUGACUCCACAGAAAAGAAAGAAGAAGAAGAAGAAGAGGAGGAGAAAGAAGAAUUUGAAGAGGAAAGGAACCAUGAGGAAAAAACAAGUGUGAAAGUUCAUGCCAUGGUCUCUGUGUUCCAGUUCAUUAUGAAACAAAGUUACAUCUGUGCCCUUAUUGCUAUGAUGGCUUGGAGCAUCACUUAUCACAGCUGGUUGACUUUUGUGCUAUUGAUUUGGUCAUGCGCUCUUUGGAUGAUUCGCAACAGAAGAAAAUACGCUAUGAUUAGUUCCCCUUUCAUGGUUGUCUAUGCAAAUCUAUUGCUGGUAUUACAGUAUAUAUGGAGCUUUGAACUUCCAGAAAUUAAAAAGGUCCCAGGAUUUUUAGAAAAGAAAGAGCCAGGAGAACUUGCCUCAAAGAUACUUUUCACCAUUACUUUUUGGCUACUGCUGAGGCAGCACCUUACAGAGCAAAAAGCACUUCGGGAAAAGGAAGCUCUUUUAUCUGAGGUCAAAGUUGAAACUCAGGAAAUUGAAGAAAAAGAUGACGAACAAGAUAUACAAGUGGAAGGAGAGGCUGAAGAGAAGAAAGAUGAAGAGGAAGAAAAGGAAGAGAAGCAAGAGACUAAGAAAGAGGAGGAGGAGGAGGAAGUGGAAGAAGAUGAUGACCAGGACAUCAUGAAAGUACUGGGCAAUUUGGUGGUGGCCAUGUUCAUUAAGUACUGGAUCUACGUCUGUGGAGGAAUGUUCUUCUUUGUCAGCUUCGAGGGUAAAAUUGUGAUGUACAAAAUCAUCUACAUGGUGCUGUUUCUGUUUUGUGUGGCCUUGUAUCAGGUACACUAUGAAUGGUGGAGGAGAAUUCUAAAAUAUUUUUGGAUGUCUGUGGUUAUUUACACAAUGCUGGUGCUUAUCUUUAUAUAUACAUAUCAGUUUGAAAACUUCCCAGGCCUGUGGCAAAAUAUGACUGGAUUGAAAAAAGAAAAGCUUGAGGAUCUUGGCUUAAAACAGUUCACUGUGGCUGAACUAUUCACUCGCAUAUUCAUUCCAACAUCCUUUCUGCUGGUGUGCAUUUUACACCUACACUAUUUCCAUGAUCGUUUUUUGGAGCUCACAGACCUAAAUUCCAUUCCCAGCAAGGAAGACAGCGCCAUCUACAGCCAUGCCAAAGUCAAUGGGCGCGUAUAUCUAAUAAUAAAUAGCAUCAAGAAAAAAUUACCAAUCCACCAAAAUGAACUGGCCCACCCUGAAGGAAGUCUUCCAGACCUUGCCAUGAUGAAUCUGACCGCCAGCCCAGAGAAGCCAGAGGUGAAGCAGUUGCCUGAGUUUGGUGAGGAGAAACCAGAGAGAUGCUCUGAAAAAGUGGAGAAGGGCGAGUUUGGGAAAGACAGCGAGGAUGAGGAGGAUGAAGAUGAAGAGGAGGAGGAAGAGACAUCGGAUUUAAGGAACAAAUGGCAUCUGGUGAUUGACCGCCUCACUGUACUCUUCUUAAAGUUCCUGGAGUAUUUUCACAAGCUGCAGGUGUUCACAUGGUGGAUUUUGGAGCUACACAUCAUAAAAAUCGUUUCAUCGUACAUCAUCUGGGUUUCUGUGAAAGAGGUGUCUGUGUUCAACUAUGUAUUUUUGAUUUCUUGGGCUUUUGCUCUGCCAUACGCCAAGCUACGCCGUCUGGCUUCAAGUGUCUGCACUGUCUGGACAUGUGUGAUCAUCGUCUGCAAAAUGUUGUACCAGCUGCAAACCAUUAAUGCUAAGGAUUUUUCUGUUAACUGUUCCUUGCCAAAUGAAAAUCAAACUGAUAUACCACUCCAGCAGUUGAACAAGUCUCUACUCUACAACGCUGCCAUUGAUCCAACAGAGUGGGUUGGCCUGAGGAAGUGUUCACCUUUACCUUUGCUCGUCUACCUGAGGAAUAAUCUCCUGAUGCUGGCCAUUCUGGCCUUUGAGGUUACAGUUUACCGCCAUCAGGAAUACUACCGAGGGCGAAACAACCUCACGGCCCCUGUGUCUAAAACCAUCUUUCAUGACAUUACAAGGCUCCAUCUAGAUGAUGGACUUAUUAAUUGUGCCAAAUAUUUCAUAAAUUACUUCUUCUACAAGUUUGGUCUGGAGACCUGUUUCCUAAUGUCAGUUAACGUAAUUGGUCAACGAAUGGAUUUCUAUGCCAUGAUUCAUGCCUGCUGGCUAAUCGCUGUCUUAUAUCGACGCAGAAGAAAAGCCAUUGCAGAGAUCUGGCCAAAGUACUGCUGCUUCCUGGCAUGCAUCAUCACAUUCCAGUACUUCAUCUGCAUUGGCAUGCCCCCUGCUCCCUGCAGAGAUUACCCGUGGAGAUUCAAGGGUGCCAACUUCAAUGACAACAUCAUAAAGUGGCUGUACUUCCCUGACUUCAUUGUGCGACCCAACCCUGUGUUUCUCAUCUAUGACUUCAUGCUGCUCCUGUGUGCCUCCUUACAACGACAGAUUUUUGAGGAUGAAAAUAAGGCUGCAGUGCGAAUCAUGGCAGGAGACAAUGUUGAGAUCUGCAUGAACCUUGAUGCAGCCUCCUUCAGCCAACAUAACCCUGUACCAGACUUCAUUCACUGCAGAUCAUACUUAGACAUGUCCAAAGUGAUUAUCUUCAGCUACCUCUUCUGGUUUGUCCUCACAAUCAUCUUCAUUACCGGGACAACAAGGAUCAGCAUCUUUUGCAUGGGUUACUUGGUGGCCUGCUUUUAUUUCCUGCUCUUUGGGGGUGACUUGCUAUUGAAACCUAUCAAGAGCAUCCUGCGUUACUGGGACUGGCUAAUUGCAUACAACGUUUUUGUAAUUACAAUGAAAAACAUACUGUCAAUAGGAGCAUGUGGAUACAUUGAAAAAUUGGUUAAAAAUAGUUGCUGGUUGAUCCAGGCUUUCAGCCUAGCCUGCACAGUCAAAGGCUAUAAAAUGCCUGAGGAUGAUUCUUCAUGUAAACUACCCAGUGGUGAAGCAGGAAUUAUUUGGGACAGCAUAUGUUUUGCCUUUCUUCUGCUACAGAGAAGAGUUUUUAUGAGUUACUAUUUCCUACAUGUUGUGGCAGAUAUAAAAGCUUCACAGAUCCUGGCAUCAAGAGGAGCUGAACUUUUCCGGGCCACAAUUGUAAAGGCUGUAAAAGCAAGAAUUGAGGAAGAGAAAAAGUCAAUGGAUCAGCUGAAGAGGCAGAUGGACCGCAUCAAAGCCAGGCAGCAGAAAUACAAAAAGGGUAAGGAGAGGAUGCUGAGCUUGACCCAGGAGUCAGGGGAAGGCCAAGACAUCCAAAAACUCUCUGAAGAGGAUGACGAAAGAGAAGCAGACAAACAGAAAGCCAAGGGCAAAAAAAAGCAGUGGUGGCGGCCUUGGGUUGAUCAUGCUUCCAUGGUCAGGAGUGGAGACUAUUAUUUGUUUGAAACGGAUAGUGAAGAGGAGGAGGAAGAAGAAUUAAAAAAGGAAGAUGAAGAACCUCCAAGAAAGUCAGCUUUCCAGUUUGUUUAUCAAGCCUGGAUUACUGACCCUAAGACAGCACUCCGACAGAGGCGCAAAGAGAAAAAAAUGUCUGCACGGGAAGAACAGAAAAGAAAGAGAAACGGAUCAGGGGAGGGUCCUGUGUUGUGGGAAGACCGAGAGGAUGAGCCAGUCAAAAAGAAGUCAGAUGGACCAGAUAAUAUCAUCAAAAGGAUAUUUAAUAUUUUGAAAUUUACCUGGGUCCUCUUUCUGGCCACAGUGGAUAGUUUCACAGCUUGGCUUAACUCCAUUUCAAGGGAGCAUAUUGAUAUAUCUACAGUUUUGAGAAUUGAAAGAUGCAUGCUGACCAGAGAAAUUAAAAAGGGCAACGUUCCCACUCGGGAAAGCAUCCACAUGUACUAUCAGAACCACAUGAUGAACCUUUCCAGAGAGUCUGGACUGGACACACUUGACGAUCGUCCUGGUGCUGCUUCAGGUGCACAGACAGCCCACAGGAUGGAUAGCUUAGAUUCACAUGACAGUAUCUCCAGCUGCUACACUGAAGCAACCAUGCUGUUCUCAAGGCAGUCUACCCUUGAUGAUUUAGAUGGACCAGAAACUGUUCCUAAAACAAGUGAGCGGGCUCGACCUAGGCUCCGUAAAAUGCUCAGCUUGGAUAUGUCCUCCUCAUCAGCUGACAGUGGCAGUUUAGCAUCAAGUGAGCCCACACAGUGUACCAUGCUGUAUUCACGCCAGGGGACCACAGAAACCAUAGAGGAGGUGGAGGCUGAGCAGGACAUGGAGGCUGAGCAGGAUGUGGAAGCUGAGCAGGACGUGGAGACCGAACAGGAUGGGGAGAUGGGAGCCCAGGACACCGGUGACGAAGGCAGUGAAGCCGAGGUGGACAUGGGGCCAGAGGGGCCAGAGGGGCCCAAAGAAGAGGGGGAGGAAGAGGCAAAGGAGACUGAGGACACUGAGGAGUCCGAGGAGGCUGGCCUCACCCCAGACACUGAGUUGCCGCAGUCCUCCACCGAGGAAGGCGACGUGGAGGUCCCACCAUCCUACAGCAAGGCAGUCAGCUUUGAGCGCCUGUCCUUCAGCUCGCAGGAUGACUCUGCAGGUCCAAGUCGUAUGGCGGUCAGCCCUGAUGACAGCCGCUCGGAUAAGCUGGAGUCCAGCAUCUUACCGCCUCUGACUCACGAGCUGACCGCCAGUGAGCUGCUGGUGAACAAGAUGUUCCAUGAUGAUGAGCUUGAAGAAUCAGAGAAAUUCUACGUUGGCCAGCCCCGGUUCUUGCUGUUGUUCUAUGCUAUGUACAAUACCCUGGUGGCUCGCUCAGAAAUGGUGUGUUAUUUUGUGAUCAUCCUCAACCACAUGGUCUCUGCCUCCGUGAUCACCCUUGUGCUCCCCAUUCUGAUCUUCCUCUGGGCCAUGCUGUCUGUCCCUAGGCCUAGCAGACGGUUCUGGAUGAUGGCCAUCGUCUACACAGAGGUAACAAUUGUAGUCAAGUAUUUCUUCCAAUUUGGGUUUUUUCCCUGGAAUAAGCAUGUGGAAUUGAACAAGGAUAAACCUUACCACCCACCUAAUAUUAUAGGUGUGGAAAAGAAAGAAGGUUAUGUUCUUUAUGAUCUAAUUCAACUCCUGGCUCUUUUCUUCCAUCGAUCAAUUUUGAAGUGCCAUGGCUUAUGGGACGAAGAUGACGUGACUGAGAAUGGCACCGACAAGGACGAAUCAGAUGAUGAGCAGUCCCCCAGUCAUGGCAGGAGGGCCUCCUCUGAUUCCCUGAAAUCCAUCAACUUGGCCGCAUCCACAGAGUCAGUGCACGUGUCCUUCCCUGAGCAGCCGACAGCCAUCCGGAGGAAGCGUUCUGGCAGCAGCUCCCAGAUAUCCUACAGAUCCACCAGCUUUUCUUCAAAUAGGUCCCAAAGAGGCAGCACAAGCACUAGAAACAGCAGUCAAAAAGGAAGCAGUGUUUUGAGCAUCAAGCAAAAAAGCAAAAAGGAACUUUAUAUGGAAAAGCUUCAAGAACAUUUAAUCAAAGCAAAAGCAUUUACCAUAAAGAAGACUCUGCAAAUAUAUGUGCCCAUCAGAGAGUUUUUCUACAACCUCAUCCACCCAGACUAUAGUGCCGUGACUGACGUGUAUGUGCUUAUGUUCCUGGCUGACACUGUCGACUUCAUCAUCAUUGUCUUUGGCUUUUGGGCCUUUGGGAAACACUCAGCAGCAGCAGACAUCACCUCUUCACUGUCCGAGGACCAAGUCCCUGGGCCAUUUCUGGUGAUGGUCCUCAUUCAGUUUGGAACCAUGGUGGUGGACCGAGCACUGUACCUCAGGAAGACUGUAUUGGGAAAGGUCAUUUUUCAGGUCAUUCUUGUGUUUGGAAUUCACUUCUGGAUGUUCUUCAUCUUGCCUGGUGUGACUGAGAGGAAAUUCAGCCAGAACCUGGUUGCUCAGCUUUGGUACUUUGUGAAAUGUGUUUACUUCGGGUUGUCUGCCUACCAAAUCCGUUGUGGCUACCCAACACGAGUCCUUGGAAACUUCCUCACAAAGAGCUAUAAUUAUGUCAACCUCUUCUUGUUUCAAGGGUUCCGCCUCGUUCCAUUUUUGACUGAGCUAAGGGCUGUGAUGGACUGGGUGUGGACAGACACAACCUUGAGCCUCUCCAGCUGGAUCUGUGUAGAGGAUAUCUAUGCUCACAUAUUCAUCUUGAAAUGUUGGCGGGAGUCAGAAAAAAGAUACCCUCAGCCCCGGGGACAAAAGAAGAAGAAAGUGGUGAAGUAUGGCAUGGGAGGCAUGAUCAUCGUUCUGCUCAUCUGUAUUGUCUGGUUUCCUCUUCUCUUCAUGUCUUUGAUCAAAUCUGUUGCUGGGGUGAUCAACAAGCCCUUGGAUGUCUCAGUCACAAUUACUCUGGGAGGUUACCAGCCUAUUUUCACAAUGAGUGCCCAGCAAAGCCAGCUGAAAACUAUGGACCAGCCAGAGUUUGAUAGAUUUAUAAAAGCUUUCUCUAGGGACACUGGUGCUAUGCAAUUUCUGGAAAAUUAUGAAAGAGAAGACAUAACAGUAGCAGAACUUGAAGGAAACUCAAACUCUUUGUGGACCAUCAGCCCUCCCAGUAAAAAGAAAAUGAUGGAGAAUCUCCUCAACCUCAAUAGUACCUUCCCUGUUGUUUUUUCAUGGAGUAUUCAGAGAAACAUGAGUCUGGGUGCAAAAGCAGAAAUAGCAACAGAUAAGCUCUCUUUUCCUCUUAAAAAUACUACACGAGAGAAUAUAGCUAAAAUGAUAGGUGAUGACAACACAGAAAGUUCAAAGACACCAGUGACUAUAGAAAGGAUCUACCCAUAUUACGUAAAAGCACCUAGUGAUUCUAACUCCAAACCUAUAAAGCAACUUUUAUCUGAAAAUAAUUUCAUGAAUGUCACCAUCAUUUUGUACAGAGAUAAUACAACUAAAUCUAACAGUGAAUGGUGGGUUCUCAAUCUGACUGGAAAUAGACUGUGUAAUCAGAAAGCCCAGGCCUUAGAGCUGGUGGUCUUCAAUGACAAAGUCAGCCCUCCGAGUCUGGGCUUCCUGGCUGGCUAUGGUAUCAUGGGAUUAUAUGCUUCAGUUGUUCUGGUGAUUGGGAAGUUUGUCCGUGAGUUCUUCAGUGGAAUUUCUCACUCCAUCAUGUUUGAAGAGCUUCCAAAUGUGGAUCGAAUUUUGAAGUUGUGCACCGAUAUUUUUUUAGUUCGAGAGACAGGAGAACUGGAACUAGAGGAAGAUCUCUAUGCCAAAUUAAUAUUCCUGUACCGUUCACCAGAAACCAUGAUCAAGUGGACUAGAGAAAAAACAAAUUAAUAUCUUAGGACAUAGACUACACAUCAAGUUAACAUUUGAAUUUUUUAAAAAAAAAAAGCACAAUAUUCUCAUAAGAGCUAAGCAUUUCUAGUUCAAUGGAAAUGAUUUCUCUUCUGACAGGUAGCCAAAAGGAG